GGCCGCAGCGCUUCCGAGCGGCUGCGGGCGGCCUGGCUGCGGGACGGCGCCUGCGGCGAGAUGGCGGUCCUGGGUGCCGAGGGCUGAGCGCCGCCGCGGGGACGCGCCGCUGCGAGGCCGGAGCCGGUUUUCCUUGGACUGUCUGCGGACCCGGCUCGUUUCCAGGCGCCACCGCGCUGGUGAGGCUGAGGGAUGAGUUGGGCGUGUGGACAGCAGGUUCAUCUCUGCACUAGACUAUGAGCCCCUUGGCAGGAGGAGUCGGGUCACACUCAUCUUCAGGUCCCCAGCGUCCGGUGCAGUUCCUGGUGCAGAGUGUAAGCUGAAUUUUGGGACAUGGCCACUGCCUCCCCAAGGUCUGACACUACCAAUAACCACAGUGGAAGGUUACAGUUACAGGUAACUGUUUCUAGUGCCAAACUAAAAAGAAAAAAGAACUGGUUUGGAACAGCAAUAUAUACAGAAGUAGUUGUAGAUGGAGAAAUUAAGAAAACAGCAAAAUCCAACAGUUCUUCUAAUCCAAAGUGGGACGAGCAGCUGACCGUGAGUGUGAGCGCACAGAGCACGCUGGAGUUCCGGGUGUGGAGCCAUCACACCCUGCGGACGGAUGCCCUGUUGGGAAGGGCAGCUGUGGAUCUGAGGCAGGCUCUGGUAACACACAACCGAAAGUUGGAAAGAGUGAAAGAACAGUUGAAACUUUCCUUGGAGAACAAGAACGGCGUAGUGCAAACUGGCGAGUUAACGGUGGUGCUGGACGGGUUGGCGAUUGAGCCAGAAAAUCUGACGAGCUGCAGCUCAGCCCCAACCAUAGAAAUACAGCAGAAUGGCGAUGCCUUACGUGAGAACGGAGAGCCGUCGGCCAGGACGAGCAGGUUGGCUGCUGAAGGUGCAGGUGGAGCAGACAGCCGAGCGCCCGCUCACGCUGUGGUGCAGAACUGCUACUCCCGCGUGGCGAAUGGAGGCAGCGCACCUUCCUCUCCUGCUCCAGCUCCGGCUCUGGCUCCAUCUCCAGGUGCUGCCAGACCCCGAAACACACCAGCUCACAGACCACGCACAGCUGAGCCCGCCGGUGACACUGCUAAUGGAGAGUCGUCCUCGCAGGCACCGGCCCCACCGGAGGACGCGCCUGCCCCGGGGCAGGCGGGGGGCCCUGAGGACAGUGCCCGGGCCUCCCCUGGCCCUGGACCCACUGGUGAGGAGGCCCCGGGUCCAGAAGCGCCGCUGCCCUCCGAGCGCAAUGGCGGCGUCCUCCCAGAUGGCGAUGGCGAUGGCGAUGGCGUGGCACCCGGGGCCGGGACCUGCAACCUGGACGCUGCGGCCUCUGCCGCUGGAAGCAGCUCGGCCUCGGAAGCAGCCAAGUUGCGGCAGCCAGGUGGGAGCGUGGAGGCCGGGAGGAGCUCCAGCCCAGAAAGCCUGCCUUCAGGGUGGGAGCAGAGGAAAGACCCUCACGGGAGAACCUAUUACGUGGAUCAUAACACUCGAACGACCACGUGGGAGAGGCCACAGCCUUUACCCCCAGGCUGGGAGAGAAGAGUGGACGACCGGGGCCGGGUGUACUACGUGGACCACAACACCAGGACCACCACGUGGCAGCGGCCGACCCUGGAGUCCGUGCGGGACUUCGAGCAGUGGCAGUCUCAGCGCAGCCAGCUGCAGGGCGCCCUGCAGCAGUUCAACCAGCGCUACCUCUACUCGGCUUCGGUGUUGGCUGCAGAAAGCGACCCGUACGGGCCUUUGCCGCCAGGCUGGGAAAAAAGAGUAGAUUCAACAGACAGAGUUUACUUCGUGAAUCAUAACACAAAAACCACGCAAUGGGAAGACCCAAGAACUCAAGGCUUACAGAACGAAGAGCCCCUGCCAGAGGGCUGGGAGAUCAGGUACACGCGGGAAGGCGUGCGGUACUUCGUGGACCACAACACCCGAACCACGACCUUCAAAGACCCACGCAACGGGAAGUCGUCUGUAACCAAGGGCGGCCCUCAGAUCGCGUACGAGCGCAGCUUUCGGUGGAAGCUGGCUCACUUCCGGUACCUGUGCCAGUCCAACGCGCUCCCCAGUCACGUAAAGAUCAACGUGUCCCGGCAGACGCUGUUCGAAGAUUCCUUCCAGCAGAUUAUGGCAUUAAAACCCUAUGACCUGAGGAGGCGACUCUAUGUAAUAUUUAGAGGAGAAGAAGGACUUGAUUAUGGUGGUUUAGCGAGGGAAUGGUUUUUCUUGCUCUCCCACGAAGUCCUGAACCCCAUGUACUGCUUGUUCGAGUACGCGGGCAAGAACAACUACUGCCUGCAGAUCAACCCCGCGUCCACCAUCAACCCGGACCACCUCUCCUACUUCUGCUUCAUCGGCCGCUUCAUCGCCAUGGCGCUUUUCCACGGGAAGUUCAUUGACACCGGCUUCUCCCUGCCCUUCUACAAGCGCAUGCUGAGCAAAAAGCUGACCACUAAGGAUCUGGAAUCCAUCGACCCUGAGUUCUAUAACUCCCUCAUCUGGAUAAGAGACAACGACAUUGAAGAAUGUGGCUUAGAAAUGUACUUUUCCGUGGACAUGGAGAUCCUGGGGAAGGUGACCUCACAUGACCUGAAGCCGGGCGGUGCCAGCAUCCUGGUGACGGAGGACAACAAGGACGAGUACAUCGGCCUAAUGACGGAGUGGCGCUUCUCGCGCGGCGUGCAGGAGCAGACGCAGGCCUUCCUGGACGGCUUCAACGAGGUGGUGCCGCUGCAGUGGCUGCAGUACUUCGAUGAGAAGGAGCUGGAGGUGAUGCUGUGCGGCAUGCAGGAGGUGGACCUGGCCGACUGGCAGCGCAACACCGUGUACCGGCACUACACCCGCAACAGCAAGCAGAUCAUCUGGUUCUGGCAGUUUGUGAAGGAGACAGACAAUGAGGUGAGGAUGCGGCUGCUGCAGUUUGUCACGGGGACCUGCCGCCUGCCCCUGGGAGGCUUCGCCGAGCUCAUGGGAAGUAAUGGGCCUCAAAAGUUUUGCAUUGAAAAAGUUGGGAAAGACACCUGGUUACCAAGAAGCCACACGUGUUUCAAUCGCCUGGACCUGCCACCGUAUAAGAGUUACGAGCAACUGAAGGAAAAGCUGCUUUUUGCCAUCGAAGAGACCGAGGGGUUUGGACAAGAAUAGAGGAGCCGUGGCCGGAAGCUCUGCGUCCGCAACUCCGCAAAUACAAACGGUUCCGUUCUCACAGAAUAUGCAAAAGAACUCUUCCUUUUCUACUUUAUUUAUUGUUCCCUUGAGCUGACCGACCAGGAAAACGAUCUCCCUUAAAUUUGGAAGUGAGAGACUUUAUUAGAAUGAGUAUCUACGUCAGCGGGCCGCAGCGGCUCUAGUUUUAUAGAGCUGCUCGGCGACACGCCAGCUCCUGCCCAUGUCUGGAUGCUCCUCCUCAGCUCUGCCCGCCCCCCCCCCCCCCCCCCCCGUGACAUCUCCACACGGGUGUGUGGUUCAGGCAGGUACUGAGGCCAAGGCCAGAUCUGACUGAGGAUGUGAACUGCGCUGCUGGAGCCCGUCAGUUCAGUCUGUUCUAAUUAAAUGCAGGAGCUGAGAGUGCUCACCACCCGCGGCGCAGGGUGUGAGUGACCGCGGGCCUGGACGAGUCCCCUGACCAGGCCAGCGCCGGGGCCUGGCGGUGUGCGCGCUCCCCUGGGCGCUAGCAUCUGGGGACUGAAGAAGCAGGACGCCUGCACUAUUUUUAAAAAUGCGAUGGUCUUUAAACUUAAUUCACAAAAAAUUGAUGCAAUUUGAUACUGAGGGACAUAUAAAAGGUAAUGUGAACUUUUCCACUUUUGUGUUCCAAGUUUUGGUUCCUAAAACCAGAUGGACGGAAGAGUUCAUGAGCAUCUGACUUCAAACUAAUGACUCUAAUGAUUUCCUAUUAGUGUCUUAAUAUCUCCAUUCCUUGAAAAUUCAUGAAAAAUUCUAUGUAUCUGAAUUAAAUAAGCAUAUAAAAAAAGUCUUUUGUCCUUCCCCCUUUCUAUAUAGAUCAUUAUUUUUGUCCUAAGUAAAUACUUUUUAAUUAUUUUUCAUUAUCAAGGGCAUUUGCUGAACUACAAAUAUGUAUAACAAAUUAAAAUCUGAUGUGAAUGACAUUAAUGCUACUUUAGCAAACGGGGGCUUCCUUAUUAAUACAAAAAUUUAAAUUUGUAUUACUUCAAUAUGCACUGUAAAUUAACUUAAAAUUUUUUAUAACCACGGAAGUGACACCUUAGAAUGUUAAUAUAUUUCACUGCUGAGUACAUAUGAAAAGUAUCAGUAUACGAUUUAAUUUCCCUAAAGUUUGUUUUGCCAAAAUUUUAUUUUUCUAUGUAUACUAGAGAUUGUGUUCUGCGUUUUCUCAAACUCACAGUAAAGAUGCAAUAAAGGCAGUGAUCCACGUG